UGAUUACACUUUCGGAACGGAGCAAACUCGCAACGUAUUCGUCAUAGAGAUUCUCUGAUAAAGAAGAGAAAUUUUAUACUAAUUUAUAUUUUUUAGUUUUACAACACAGAAAAUGAUAGAUAGUUGAACAGUGUUGUCUUGUUUUAAAAAUCAGUGUACUAUUGGUAUGAGUUGUAGUUUGAACAGUUAAAAAAAAUUGGUCACACGAUCAAUACAUUUGUAUAUGGCUAAUUUCGUAAUACGCUUUUUGCUAGCUGAUUAUUCCAUCGUUGGCGCAAUCAAAAGUGAACAAUAGAUUUCACGUGAGUAGGAAAACAAUAGUCAGAGAAUACUGCAUUUCGCCACCAUUGGUAUUUUUACGGGAUUGGGCUCAAUCGCGAGGAGGAAAAUCGAUUUUAUGUUGUGCUUAGUGAAAAGUUUCCUUUCCAUUUUCAACUUCUAUUGUGGCCUGAUGAGGGUCACAGGGCGAGAAUACAAGGCCUGUUGAAAGGAAUCUACAUUUAUUGUAAUAAAUAUACAUAUCUGUGAGAGCGUGUCACUGUGGUCAUUAAAGUAAUUCUCAAGUUUGGCCGAUAAAAUGAGUGACUGAUGGUGCUGUCUGUGUAUGGCCUAGUAAUCGUGUAAAAAGAGCAACAGAGGCAGAUUAAGUUGUGUGCUUGUGUGCUCAGCGACCGAUCCGUUAUAUAGAAACGGAAAGAAACUAGCAAGUGUAAAAAUUCGGGUAAGAAAACAUCAGUUUGCUGUCGUAUGUUUGGAACCAGUGUGAAGAAGAGAAGAAAGUGCUGCAAAUAGGAGGGAAGGGCAGUUCCCGAUCAACUGACCGAUCGACUGCUGGCGUAUUAGGUAGAUUAGUAGAGUGAAAAUAAAAACACGAUCAGGAAAUGGCCCUUUCGAAAGAUCCCUACGAACAGAGGCUGUAUCAUAUGUUCUUGACGCAUGACGUCGAUGCAACCGGCGGACUAGACCGGGAGGCUCUUCUGAAAUUAUGUCUAACAUUGGAGUUAAAGGAACGUGGUCAAUUAUUGGUGAAAUGUUUACUCAAUGAGGAAAAAGUUCGCGUUACUUUCAAAGAGUUUCGUGAGGGGUUGCUGCAUAUUCUAGGAGAAGAAGAGCAUGCUGCAGGUCAGCGACAGAAAUCGAGAUCGACAGUUGAUCAGACAGAUUCAGCAGACGACCAGAAUGUGUCAACAAGUUCACCCACGGCCGUAUCUGCGAGCACCGCCUUCUCCAGCAACAACAGCAGCAGCAGCUCGACUUCAGCGGGUAGCAUAAUUUCUAACACAUCGAAACAUCAUCACCACCCUCAUCUUACCUAUCAACGCCAGGCAGCAGCCGACAGAGAUGCUCAGCAACGGACCGAGAGUGAAUCAGUCGGUCGAGCUGCCACCAACAAAAUCAGUAGUAUAGUGCCAUCCUGCUGUGAGGAAGAUCUCAUCACAACAACUACAACGACAACCAGCCCAACCAAUCCGAUAACAACCACUUCAGAUAACGAGAACGAGUCAUCGGAUCGGGAAGUGUCACCAAAAUUCAUCGUCGGAACGAAAAAGUACGGGCGCCGAUCGCGUCCUCGGGAAGAUUGCAACGGACUGGAUACGUCAUCGGAUUUGAGUAAUUCGGACAACGAAUCUGUUUCGCCGUCUCAGCAGAAAGAUCCGAACGGCAGCAGUAAAACCUCCUCGAAAGUUCAGCGGUCUGCCUCACAGAGUGAUAUUCACGGCUCUAAACGACGUCGACCGAUGAGUGGAGCUCGGUUAAAACGUUGCGUAUCGCUACCAACUCACCGUCAACGACCGGAUGUUGCCCAAAGCAAAUUGAACGCCAAAAACGUUCGAGAACAGCUCAAUAUGGAUGAAAAAAUCGACAAAAAAAUAUACUUUCUCAAGCUGUCAGAAAAUCUGCGGGACAUCUGGGAUUCCCUAGUAGGCGAUGGCCACGGUGCUUUGUUGAAUCAAUCGCAGCUCGAGAUAGUGUGUGAACGAGUUGGUCUGCAGAAGCUUCCGGCCAAGCUGGCCGCCAAGGAGGUAUUUUCGAAGCUGUGUUUGCAACCGAUCGAGGGAAUCAGCUUCAACGAGUUUAUUUCCCUGCUGCAAAGUGAUUCGGAUAUCCUGCCGAUAGGCGACGGGGGCAUGGAUGGUGUUACUAAUAAAGCUGUUAGUGAUAAUGCUUGUGUUGCUGCAGCCCGACUGUUCGAUGAGAGCGACAGUUUCAAGGCCCAAGAACUGGAUCGCGACAGCGUCGAAGAGACCGUGGGUUUCAGCGUGCAAAUGCCAGAUUGGACCGCGGAGAUCGGGUCGCUCUCGUCGGCUAUCAUAGUUGACAUGUGGGAGUCGGCUGGCGUCGUGGAUGCAAAGAAUUUACUCCAGGAUCUUGGCUUUUACGAUGAAGAAAUUCAAGUCACAAAUCUGGUUACGGCUCUGGAGGAUGAAUUGCAGCGGCUGGGAGACAGCAACGAAACGUACGUUAUUGUGAAGGCAUCCCUAGCGCUACACAAAGCCGAAGUUGCGGCACUGCGACAGGCUUUUGUCCAGCUGGUAGAAGAGAACAAAAAACUGUACGCCGAUAACAAGGAAGUAAACCAACGGGCUCUACUGAUCGCACAGGAAGUGGACGAACGGACGAACUCGUUGGAGGCUUCCACCAGAAACAAGAUUCGUCUGCUGGAGCAACGUCACAAUGAGGCGAUCAGGGAGCUGUCCUCACAGCUCGCUCACGAACGCGAACAACUGUCUAGCACCAGUAGCAACAUGGAGAAACGGAUCCGCACACUGGAAACCGAAGAGGCGAGACAGAAGGGAGAGAUCUGGCGACUGUCGGGAGACAACGAAAUUCUAAGAAUUGAACAGGAGAAUCUUACGAAAGAGUUGACUGAAUUGUUGGAGAAAAAUAUUAAACUUAAUAAGGACAUUGCUGAACUGGAAGAAAAUAAUCGAAAUGAUUUCGAUGAUGGAUUCGAUCGAAAGGAUGAUCUAGAAGUGUUGGAACUGAUUGAAAAGAUUUCACUACUGCAGAAUGAGAAUACUGAUCUGAGAGAUAAAAACGAUGAGUUCAGUGCUGAAAUAGAGUCGUUAAACGUUGAGCUGGCAAAAUUUAAGUUGAAGAGAAGUAGUGUCAACAGAACAAGUUCUCUGGAAAUGUCUCCGGUGGUGGUAGAAACGACCGGAGGCACCGAGGAAAAUGCUAGUGCGGCUAGAAAACGGCAAGGAGAUUCGCCCAGUAAAGCGCGACUGUCCGACGAAAGUCCUCGUCUUGGUAAAUUUCGAAAGUGUAGCAAUGAUUUGGAAAAUGAAUCGGAUUCCAGUGGGGAUUGGAUGGCCCUGCAAUCUGAGUUGGGUAUAAAGGUCGAUAGUGCAAUAGCAUCCUCCGGAAUAUCCCAGGAUUUCUCCAGUAAUAACGAAUCCAGUUGCAAUGAUGCAGAAAUACGACAGCUGAAAACGAAAAUCGCAGAGUUGGAGAAGAAGUUGGAAGAAAGAGGUUUGGGUUCUAGCAGUGAGAAGACGGAAAAUGAGAUCAAGGGUGCGCCGACGACGGAUUCGGAUCUAUCUGAGCACGAUAAAAUGAAGGCACGUUGCGACGAACUGGAAGCUAGUUUAGAACAAAUGAGCAAGGAGUACGAAGCCUGUGAAGAUUAUUGGCAGAACAAGGUCAAUGAAGAGCGUCAAUUGUUUGAAGAAGAACAACGAAUAUCUGAUGAUAAAUUCAACGAACUGUUGAAGAAGAUGGCCGAGUAUGAGGAGCAGUUUGCCGGUCAAGGAACCAGCAAAGUUGAUGAUGGGAGACUUUCGCCUAUCGAAGAGAAAGAUAUUCUGGAACAGCAGUAUCUUGAUCUGGAAUUGGAACUACAACAAACUCAACUGGUACUAGAAGAGAAAAGUCAUGAAGUGGAUAAACUUCGCAAUCGAAUUGCCGAAUUCGAGCAGUUAACCAAAUAUUCAUCCGAAACUAUGCUUGCCACACCUCCACGAGUUGAUACACCGGAAAUCGAUAGUCCGGCGAGUUCACCCAUUAGCUAUCUGAUGAAGCAGAGCACUAUUCAAGCACCCGCGCGAGAUUAUCAGAAUCCAAACUGGUGUCAGCCGUUGAGUAAUGGAGGACCGGUGGAUUCAAUCAAUGGUCCGAAUGCAUCGCGUUCUCCGACUUCCCAUUCAAUUGCGGCUGUCGAAGUCGAUGAGCAGGCGAUUGAUGAGGACUCCGGCUUUAAUCGGACGAUUUCUCCAAUUCAUAAACCGAUUAUUGCCGCUUCGUCGGCUACCGAUGUGACCUCCUGUGGAGGUGACCAUCGGGAUAUGGGUGAUUGCCCAGAUGUUUGUUCGGUUAAAUCCGCCCGAAGUACGCAUAGCUUGGCAUCCACCCACAGCAUUCACAAAUCCGUGUCUCAAAACGACGUAACGAUGGUAAGUCAGGAACAGCUUAAGCAGUUGCGUCUGAUGCAGCUACAGUUGCAGGAUGAAAUCAAAGAACUAACUCAACAACGAGAUUGCUUGAAAAUGGAAUUUCAACAGCUGUGUGAAGCGAAACCAAUAUUGGCUCGUGCAUACACCAAAACUAAUCAUCCGAAUCAGACCCAGAAGAUUCAACAUUUAGAGCAGAAGAUUCGGCAACAGCAAUCUAUGCUGAAACAGCAACAAAUUUAUACGGAGAAUAUCCUACACCAAAUUUGGCAGCAGCAGCGUAGUGAGAUAUCGAAUCUGCGUGAUCGACUCGAGGCGCAGAGUGUGGUUAUCUCGGAACAGGCAAAUCGGUUGGCCAGCAACGAUGUACUGGUGAAGGAUCUGUACAUGGAGAACUCGAAUCUGUUGGUACAGGUCCAACGGCUGGAACAGCAGAAAGCCCGCGCACAGUUGUUGCAGCAGUUUUCGCAAGCAACGGCGAACGCCCACCAUCAAGCGUCGCAUCAUCAGAGUCAGCUUAGCGGAAUCGUGCCCGGUUUGCCCUAGUAUGCAGUCAAGCGCCGGAAGGGGGAAUGUAUUUUAAUGUGUCAUAAUCGUAAGGUUGGGGUUUUAUUUUUGAGCAUCUACGAACCAUUGUUCUGUUGUUGGAAUGUUCGUGUCGCGUGGAGAAGUAGAAGAAUAGUAAUCAUGUUCCAUUAAUCGAACUAUUUCUAAAAAAACGCACCUUAUCUUUAGAGAUAGUAUGAACUUUUCAUUUGCAUGAUCCAAAUUUAUUUAUUGUACUAAAUUGUACUGCUGCAAGUGCUGUAAAUUGUGCAGAUGCUAUAUAUUCGAGUAAAAUACAUGUAAUUUAUUUUAUACCUGAUUAGAUAAAUUAAUUCCAUCCAUUACCGCUUAAGCGGGGAAAAUGUACGCACUGGAAACAUUGUGGUUGCAUAUGAAAAAAAAGCAUAAAACAAUUUCCGAAUUGAACAUGGCUGGAGCAAAUAGUCACUUCAAUUUUGUCUAUUUAACUACUAAGUCUACUUACUACAACUUGAUAUGAUACUAGGUCUGUUUACUGCAACUUGAUAUUGUUUUUUUUCGUUUUAAAUACAAAAUCGACUGAAUAUUUCAUGCAUGGUACUAAACUGAAAAGACAAUUCUAUAGGUUCUGUGAUGAAGCUUCCUUGUUUAUAUUAAAUGGAUCACAACAGUUGCAAUAUAGGGAAUCCUCCGGUGGAUGCAGAAGAACUACGCCUACAAAUCGGCCUUAUUAAAGAGAAGUUAGGCUAUCAAUGUUGCCUGUGUAAACACGUGAAAUGAAACUACAUUUAUCACUAUUCGAACUUUGGUUCCUACUUUGUGCACGAAUGCUGUUCAGAGAAGCUGUAGGCCUACACGUAAAUUGCAUGCGGAAAACAGUUGCUGAAAAAUCACCUAUGUCGUAGUGAUCCGUAGGAAGGAGAUUUGUGCGUUGCUGUUAAAGUUAUGCUAGUUAACGAUACAAUAAUAAAAGACAUAUGUAGCUAUCGUUAUAACAGAUCCCUGCAAAAAUAAACAAAGUACAGAAGUAAGAAA